AUGAAGCAGAAGACUCGCGACGUGAUAGAGCAUUUAGUAGAGAAUUUGCAUAUCGGGAGUCGGCGUGUUUUGAUGCAACAGCUCCAUGAAUGGCACCAGCAGAAGCAGCAAGACUGGAACCAGCUUUAUUCAUCUGAAUUUAUGGAAAUGGAGACUGUCAAAUCAGCUUUUAUAGCAUGCCGUUUUUGAGGAUCCUCAUCAUGAUUGGAGAUUCUACAUCUACUUCUCAAAAAAGUGCGCAAAUGUUUUCUAGCAGCUUAGAAGAAAGACCACCUAUAACCAGCUUUCGCUUUCCCUUUCUGCAACAACUUGUACUUGUUUUACAGUUUGAAGGACAUCAAGAUUACCUGAUCAUAAGACUGCGUGCUCUCGUCCUCUGACUCCAACAACACCCUUGUUUCAGCUUCAUAGAGAUACCCAAGACCAAAAACCCUAGUCCUCGCGUUGAGAGGGAAGGCGUGG